AUGGGUACUAAAUCAAGUUUGGCUGCUGGCCAUUAUCUCUUGGUACAAAGAUGGAGGCCAUUAUUUAACCCUUGUGCUAAUGAUUUUCAAAGAAUUGCAGUGUGGGUGUGGAUUCCAGAUUUACCCGUGGAAUUGUACACUCAACCGUUCUUAUGGAAAGUAAGGGGAAAGAUAGGUUCUAUGCUCAAAAUUGACCAAACCACGUCAAUUCACUCGAGGGAAAAAUUUGCGCGGCUAUGCGUUGAGAUUGACUUAUGGCGUAAACUUGUUCCGGCCAUUGAAGUAUUAGGCCGAGAGUUCAGGAUAGAGUAUGAGAGCUUGCAUUUUAUAUGUUUUGGGUGUGGAAGGUAUGGUCAUAAAAGGAAGGAAUGUCCUGAUGGAGGAGUCACGAACGCCAAGAUGCAUUCGCAAGCGGCAACGACGGAGACCAUUCCGAUGGUUAAAGCAAAUGGGGAAGGUUUGGAUGCACCUAAUCUGGCUUUGGAUAAUUCGAAAGUGGUUCCCAAAGAAAGGGGGAUUGUGACAGAGGUGCAAGCGAAGUCAAUGGAAAGGGUUGAUGAGAAUGUUGGAAAUCAAACCACUUCUUUUGGGCCUUGGAUGCUUGUGAGCAAGAACCAACGUAGAGGAGUUCGCCCUAAGUAA